AAGUUAGAGUUGGGUGGCUCAUCUCAGUUUAGAACAAGCGGACUACCUGAAGGAGACAAUGGAGCUGUAUUCCAUCCCCUCUAAAAAACUUGAUGGAUAUAUUGCUAGGAACCUCCACCCCAGCAAGGAGUUUCAAGAGAAUGACAGUGAUGCUAUCAACAGAAUUUGUUCUUUCCUGAAAGAAGUCUGUGACCUGAAUGCCAGAGUGAUCAAGACAGUAAAGGCUGGCUCUGCAGGAAAAGGAACAGCUCUGGAUAUGAGUUCAGAUGUUGAUCUGGUUAUCUUCCUGAGCUGCUUCUCCAGCUUCAAGGAUCAAGCAGAGCAGCGUGAACAUGUCAUCAAGGACAUUGAAAAGAAUUUGAAGAGGUAUAUCCAGACAAUUGCUUUCAAAGUUGACAUCUCGUCAUCGAGGCAGAAGGGAACUCCUCCACGUUCACUCUCAGUCCUCAUCCAGGCAAAAAAGAAGACUGAGUCGGUAGAGGUGGACAUCCUCCCAGCAUAUGAUGCUUUAGGUCAGAUAACUUCUACGUAUGUGCCACCUAAGGAGGUCUAUAUCGAACUGAUUGAAGCCAAUGGAGACCCAGGGGAGUUCAAUACUUCCUUCACAGAGCUGCAGAGGAAUUUUGUGAAACAUCGUCCAGCAAAGCUCAAGGAUCUGCUACGGCUGGUUAAGCACUGGUACAAAGAAAUCAAGAAGCACUAUGGCUCAAUCUCCAAACUGCCCCCCAAAUUUGCCCUGGAAUUGCUUACCAUUUAUGCCUGGGAAGAAGGAACAAAAGAAGCAGAGCAAUUCAACAUGGCAGAAGGAUUUUGCACAGUGAUGAAACUGAUCACUCACUACCAAGACCUCUGCUUCUAUUGGACUAAAUAUUACAGUCUUAAGGCUUCCAGAAUUGGGCUCCAUGUGAAAGGAAAAUUGAGGGAGUCACGGCCAGUGAUUAUCGAUCCAGCAGAUCCAACAGCAAAUGUGGCCAAAGCCAGUAGAGAAGCUUGGGAUCUACUGGCCCUGUUUGCAUCUGAUUGCCUGAAGCAGUCUUGUUGCAUGAAGGAUGGGGAACCUAUCAAAUCCUGGGAUGUGCAGCCAACUCGAAACAUUGAGGUGACGGUUAAACAACAGACAGGAAUACCUGUAGUUAUAUCAUGCAACCCUCUUCUACCUAUCAUGUACAUCAAGAAGAAGAUUGGGAAUGAAGGACAUACCUGUAAGCUAUAUUUGGAGGAACUUGGGCAAGAAAAUGUAGCCUUGCAGAAUGAUAAAAGAUUGGCAGAUUAUGGUAUAUUCUAUGAUACUACCAUCCGGCUACAUCUCAAGAGUAUGAAAAAGAAUAUGAUCAUUUUUGUGCUCCUUUUUUCUUUCGUUCUUUUUAUUUUUUACAUCUAUUUUGUUAGGUUUAAGUAUCUGGAUUUGAUAUUCCAGUUGGCUAGAGCUGGUGGUCAGAAAUUUGAGAAGCUUUCCGUAAUUCCAGGGUCACAGAUCACUCCGUUGAGAUUAGUAGCUGCCAUAACUCUUGAAGGGAGCUGGGUGGCUCGUCCCAGUGUAGCGCAAGUGGACUGCCUGAAGGAGAAAAUGGAGCUGUAUUCCAUCCCCUCUAAAAAACUUGAUGGAUAUAUUGGUACAAACCUCCACCCCAGCGAGGAGUUUCAAGAGAAUGUCCGUGAUGCUGUGGACAGAAUUUGUUCUUUCCUGAAAGAAGACUGUGAUCUGGAUCAGGAUGCCAACGUGAUCAAGACAAUAAAGGCUGGCUCUGCAGGAAAAGGAACUCUGGAUAUGAGUUCAGAUGUUGAUCUGGUUAUCUUCCUCAGCUGCUUUUCCAGCUUCAAGGAUCAAGCAAAGCGGCGUGAACGUGUGAUCAAGGACAUUGAAAAGAAUUUGAAGAGGUGUAUCCAGACGAUUGCUUUCAGAGUUGAAAUCUUCCCACCAAGGCGGAAGGGAACUCCCCCACGUGCACUUUCACUCCUCAUCCAGGCAAAAAAGAAGACUGAGUCGGUAGAGGUGGACAUCCUCCCAGCAUAUGAUGCUUUAGGUCCAAUAUCUUUUACGUAUGUGCCAUCUAAGGAGGUCUAUAUCGAACUGAUUGAAGCCAAUGGAGACCCAGGAGAGUUCAAUACUUCCUUCACAGAGCUGCAUAGGAAUUUUGUGAAACGUUGUCCAUCAAAGCUCAAGGAUCUGCUACGGCUGGUCAAGCACUGGUACAAAGAAAUCAAGAAGCAAUCCAGCAGCAUGUUCCCCAAAUUGCCUGCCAAAUUGCCCCCCAAAUUUGCCCUGGAAUUGCUUACUAUUUAUGCUUGGGAAGAAGAAAAAAAAGGAGCAGAGCAAUUCAACACGGCAGAAGGAUUUUGCACAGUAAUGAAACUGAUCACUCAGUACCAAGACCUCUGCUUCUAUUGGACUAAAUACUACACCCUAGAGGAUUCCAAAAUAGGGGUACAUAUGAAAGGAAAAUUGAAGGAGUCACGUCCUGUGAUUAUCGAUCCAGUAGAUCCAACAGCAAAUGUUGCCAAAGCCAAUGUGGAAGCUUGGGAUCUAUUGGCCCAGAAAGCUUCUGAUUGCCUGACCCAGUCUUGCUGCAUGAAGAAUGAGGAGCCUAUCAAACCCUGGAAUGUGCAGCCGGCCCGAGAUAUUGAGGUGACAGUGAAACAACAGACAGGAGCACCUAAAGUUAUAUCAUGCAACCCUUUUGUACCUAUCAAGUGGAUCAAGAAGCAGAUUGGGAAAGAAGGGCGUAUCUGUGAGCUAUAUUUGGAGGAAACAGCCUUGCAAAAUGAUAAAAGAUUGGCAGAUUACGGCAUAUUCUACAAUACUACCUUCCGACUACUUCGUAUUACAUCUCAGAAGAUGAACAUUUUUGUGAAAGACCUCAAUAACAGAACCACAAACUACACAGUGAAUUCCAGUGAAACUGUGCUGGGCCUGAAAAAGAUGAUUGAAGCCAGCAAACAUAUAGCAGUAAAUCAGCAACACCUGACCUACCAUGAUAAAGAGUUGGAAGAUGGAAAGACACUUGCCUAUUACAAUAUUAGAAGCAAUGAGACUGUUUACCUGCUUUUGAGGCUUAGAGGUGGGCAUUGGAAUGGAAUGGGAUGGGAUGGAAUAGAAAAUAAUAAUUAGGAUAGGAUAGGAUAGGACAGGACAGGACAGGACAGGACAGAAUAAAAUCUUCAUUGAUUAAUCAUUUGACCAUAUUAAAUAUAUAAAACCAAUACAAAUAUAGAAGUACAUACAAAGAAAACAAUAGGACAUGUUCAUAGUAAAUUGUCAUCCCUACAGUUAACCCCAAUCUGAAUAUUCCGUCCUCUUCAAAAUGGACUUUGCAUUUUAAGAACAGGAAGAAGGCCUAAUGAUCCAGGCACACAUUUAUGAGCUAUUCCUAUAUACUGAGUGUUGGUGUUUCUCCUCCUUCUUAAACUGCAAUGGAUGUCAAGCUUCCAGAAAUCUCAUGGUGCUUCGGCCAUUUCUGUUUCUUGGCUUGCCAACAAAUCCAGGGGGGAGGGGGGAUGAAUGGAACGUGCAUUUGCAGGUAUGAGCUAUAAAGGUAAACGUACAGAUUAGGCGAGACCUGGCUCAGAAACAGUAACUGUGAGAGGGAUCUUGGAGUCCUUGUGGAUGAUCACUUGACUAUGAGCCAGCAGAGUGCAGCAGCAGUCAAAAAAGC